UUAUAAAGAGAUUGCCAUGGCUUUCCCAAACAUUGUGGAGUUUGGGGAGGGAACCUCCUGGCCGAACAAGUCUGAACAGUCUCCUGACAGAGUUUUAAAAACAACACAAGCGAAAAACGGGUCUGUGUUUUUGAUGCCGCGUUUAAAGAAAGCCCAGGAAGCGACCCAGAUGGCUGCCCUUCGCAAGAAGCUUGUGGUGGUCGGGGACGGCGCCUGCGGAAAAACGUGUCUACUGAUCGUUUUCAGCAAAGACGAGUUUCCUGAGGUCUACGUCCCGACUGUGUUUGAGACCUACGUGGCCGACAUAGAAGUCGACAACCACCAAAUCCAGCUGGCUCUGUGGGACACGGCCGGACAGGAGGACUACGACCGACUGCGCCCACUCUCAUACCCGGACACUGAUGUCAUCCUCAUGUGCUUCUCCGUGGACAGCCCGGACUCGCUAGGGAAUAUCUUCGAAAAGUGGGUCCCCGAGGUCAAGCACUUUUGUCCGAAUGUGCCGAUCAUCUUGGUGGCCAACAAGAAAGAUCUGCGCAACGACGAGAACACGAAGAAUGAGCUCUCUCGGAGGAAACUAGAGCCCGUGAAGGCGGAGGACGGCCGGGCUAUGGCCAUGCGCAUCGGCGCGUACGACUACCUGGAGUGCUCCGCCCGGACCAAAGAGGGCAUAUGGGAGGUGUUCGAAACCGCAACACGGGCCACCCUCCAGAAACGGUCCACAUCAAUGGGUUGUUUCAAAUGCUGUGUGAUGCUGUGAUUGAACCCCGGAUUACGGGGCCUGAAUUCGCUUUGAAGAAGACAGGACGUUCCCUUGCCGGGGUCUGUGUUUGGACAUGCCCUCAGCUGAACCAAAACCAGUGACUGCAAACGCAUAGUUCAGAGCGAACCUGCAUGUGGGUGUUUGUGUGCAAUGCACUGGUUAGAGCAUCUUGUUUCUGGGUCACAUUAUCCCAGUCUGUUUGGAAAAACAGUGAAGCUACACAUUUUUCCGUUAUAUGUUGAAGUUUCUUCUCUGCUUAUGUGAAUGUGGCCUUAUCUGAGGCUUACUUGCAAGCCAAGACCUUAACUGAUCCUUUUUUGUUUGUUUCAAAGUAUUUUUGAAUGGAUCACUGUUUCACCUAAACUUUAUACUUUGUAAUAAGAACCAAAGCUGGAAAUUUGCACUGUAAUUUAUGUCUAAAUUGUGUUAUACCAUACCCGUGUCAUGUUUGUGAAAUUGCACAUCAUCAUAAUCAUCCAGUAAUUCAAAGAAAUCCAUAUGGUAUUCCAUAUAAUGUUUUUGAUUGAGUUUUUAUGCUGGUUAAGAAUACGAGUAGAUCUUGCAGUUUGAACACUACCCAGUAAUUUGUUUUUCAACUGAAAUCAAGGGUGGUUUUUUUUUUUCAUAUGGGCAGUUGCCCAGGGUGACAGUUGAAAGGGGGACACACAAGCACCAGAUAAAAAAAUAUUUAUCUAACGUAUCUGUUAGUUGAGCCUUGAACAUGUUUUCAAUUUCUUUUAGGCAUGUACAGUUGUUGGAAGGUUGGCACGCUGCGAUUGCUGCUAAAAAUCGGUAGACUGCUUCACAUGAUUUGUGCAGGAUUGAUGCAUUUUAUUUUGCCCCAGAAUUUAGAAAAUGUCUUGCAUUUUGAAGCAGCCUUCAUAUCAACCAUUAUACCUUCAUACCUCUGUUUAAUAAAGGGAAAAUCAUAUUGUUGAGUAUUAAUUGAAAUACCUUUUAAAUUUUUUGAAAGGGACAAAAUACCACAGAGCGACCCCUUGCGGGUUGAGGUCAUUUUGUUUACAAUGAAAAACCACGUUACCUUAACAAUUAACUGUAAUGGAUUGUAAAGAAAAUAGUUUUUAAUUAGAGCAUGACAAUAUAUUGAAUUGCAGUCAAAGUCGCAAUAAUAAUGUGUGUGAUGUUGCUUAGAUGCAACAUUUCGUAGGCUACAAUGUUUCAGGUGCCAAGCAUUCACGUUAUGCUUGCUUAUGAUAAUAAUGGCUGCUUGGAUGACUUGCAUUGCCCUUUUAUGCUGACACCUCACAAAGACCUUAGUGACCGAUACUGGAACUUAAGGAGGUUGGACGUGAUGAUGGAAAACAAACUGAGAAGGAAGGAAAAUGUGUUUUUUUUUUUCUCAAUUGAUAUUGCCAUUUUAGAUAUUACUAAUACCAUGAAGAGCUGCUUUAAAUUGUCAAUUGUCAAAGCAGGUACGAAAGAGCCCCCUGGCAGCUUUGAAUUUUCCCAUAGUUGUUAUGCAACACCUUAUGGCAAACCAUCUUGUUUCUGAAAAAAAUCAAAGUGCGAAGGGACGAAAUGACCUGAUAAUUUCCCAGUUCUGUAAAGGGCUGAUCAUAUUGUCAUGUGUUUACAACAGAACCUUCAGAUUUUGGUCAUAUUGACUAGUCGGUAUACUAAUCUGUUGCCUUACAGCACAAUUAAACCAAAUCAUUUAAAGCACAUAUGGUAUGUAAAGCCAAGCAUUUCAGUACGUGACUCACCUCUGUUGUUUUUCUAUUUAGGUACAGCUUCCUCCACAGUUAUGCAGUCAGUAUUUCUGGGAGAAACUUGUGUGAUGGUUUGAAGUCUUGUAAGGGCACUUUUUCUUUAAAAGUCAUAGAAAAUCCAGGGUUGUUUUUUUUUGCCGCAAACAGUAUUUUGCGUCAGUUUGUGUUUUUCCAGACGGACAUAUUAACAGUUCUCUUGUAACACCAGCCUGUACAAAAGUGUCAAAAUUAAAUGUGAAAACUGCAUCAGGAUUGUGAAGUCACUACAUAGAAAUCUCUUCUGUUAUGACAAUGAAUGUACUUUAAAUUUACUUGGGGAAAGAAUUCAGUGUAUGUGAGUUGACCUUCAGUAGUUGUGAAAGAAGUUCAGCUCAUCAGUUGCUUCACGUGUUGUGUAAUUGUCCUCUUGUAUGGUUUUUGGAGUGCUUGUUCAAAUAAAAGCUAUCUACAUCGA